CAUUCGUGCAACAAGGGGAGACAAGAACCCUGAAGCAUCAAUGCCAGUGGGUACACACACAGGCAAUUCAGUAAGUAGAUCUGGGAUGCGUCAGUGGAGGCUCGGAGAGGCUAAUGAGCUUGUUCUAGCUACCCAGACCCACAGAUUCAUGGCUGAAUCCCAGAAGCAGCCUGGGAGAUUUUGUGGGGAGAUGAGGCAAAGUCAUUUAUUUCCUUGGCAAGGUAAAGGGUUCCUUUCAGGAAUCAUCUUCUACCUCAAGCUGUCGUGUUUUAGUUAAACAUCACAGCUCAGUAUUGGGACAGAAAUGUAGAAGGAAAAAAAUGCUGAAGGGUCACAAGCAAGGAGCAGGUCUACACAGCUGAGAGGCACCAUUCUCCUCCAAUAGCUCUGUUUCUUCGAUAACUGGCCAUGUAGACCCGUUCUACCCCCGAGGGCUGGGAGUCGAGUCAGGCUCCAGACUGAAUGCUCCCUGAUCUUUGCAUUCCUUCACUUGCCAUCCCACAGGCACCUCAAAUUUAGUGAGUACAACUCUGAAGGGCUCAUCAUCACCCCAUCAUCCUUUUCCUGUGCUCCCUGUGUUAGUCAACUGCAGGAUUAACUCCCCCCCUCCAACCCCAGUCGCUCAAGCCUGAACAUUCCUCAACAACUCCCACACCCCCUCAAAUCCGGAUAUUUGGGCUUCCUAAAUCUCUACCUCCUAAUCUCUUUCACAUGCGGUCCACUCCUUUCUGUCCCCAUUGCCAAGGUUGGGCCACCACCACCUAUCUCUGGGACAACUUACAGUCUCCUAAGGGGUCCUGCCUUCGGUUCGCCCCACCUGGCUCAUCUCUUUUGAACAGUUUCUGCGGUACUCACCUGCCUGAGACAGCAUUCUACAAUGCGAACACAGUCAUGUCCUUCCCCUUCAGCCGUUCCCCACUGCCCCCAAUAUGAAAAGGAGUUAGAAAUCCCCGCCUUCCCACUCCCACCGAGCACCUUCGCCUUCUGAACUGGCCAGGGGCUCUGUUGCUUGCUCGUCGCUCUCAGACCCUUUGCACAAGGUGCUCCCUCAACCCAAAAUAGAAUCUCGGCCCACCCUCUGUCGGUCUUCGCUCCACUGUCAGUUGUUUAUCUAACAAACAUUCGCUGCUUUUGCCAGGCUAUGCACUAAACGCUGGGGUUACGCAAGGGGAGCGCAAAACAAAACAGAGAACAAACAAAAACCACAACUCCCAAAAGUCCAUUAAGACCCCUAGCCACAGAGGGCUCACAUCUGAGGGGUUACCGUCCCUUGGCACAAGGUGGAGUAUGAAAUCCGCCUCUGCCUUCCAGGCUUUUCCAAUGCCAAGACCUGCGGGGCCACCAAUUGUGAGUCCCCUCCCGCACUGACUACUCCCUCAACAGGACACGAGGGAAGCUGAACCUGUCGGGACACCGCGCCGGGCACGCUCAGGUCCCACCGCGCGUGCUCAUCGGCGGUCCCGAGCGCGAGUUCGGAUAAGCAGCGCCCCCCUCCGACUGUGAGCUGGGACGCUCCCGCACGCUUCCCGGCACCCCUUCAAUCUUCAUGGUACACCCCGCCCGCAGGCACCCGGACGGCGGAAGUGAGCCGCAAGGGCGGAACUUGUUGUUACGGGUAACGGAAGUGUGGCGGCGUUGGGUUGAGCGGGAUUUUUGGAAGUUUGUGGCGGAGUUCUGUGAUAUGAGCAACAAUGGACCAGAAGAUUUUAUCUCUAGCAGCAGAAAAAACAGCAGACAAACUGCAAGAAUUUCUUCAAACCCUGAGAGAAGGUGAUUUGACUAAUCUCCUUCAGAAUCAAGCAGUGAAAGGAAAAGUUGCUGGAGCACUCCUGAGAGCCAUCUUCAAAGGUUCCCCCUGCUCUGGGGAAGCUGGAACACUUAGGAGACGUAAGAUAUACACUUGUUGUAUCCAGUUGGUGGAAUCAGGGGAUUUGCAGAAAGAAAUAGCGUCUGAGAUCAUAGGAUUACUGAUGCUGGAGGCUCACCAUUUUCCAGGACCGUUAUUGGUUGAAUUAGCCAAUGAGUUUAUUAGCGCUGUCAGAGAAGGCAGCCUAGUGAAUGGAAAAUCUUUGGAGUUACUACCUAUCAUUCUCACUGCCCUGGCUACCAAAAAGGAAAAUCUGGCUUAUGGAAAAGGUGUACUGAGUGGGGAAGAAUGUAAGAAACAGUUGAUUAACACCCUGUGUUCUGGCAGGUGGGAUCAGCAAUAUGUAAUCCAACUCACCUCCAUGUUCAAGGAUGUCCCUCUGACUGCAGAAGAGGUGGAAUUUGUGGUGGAAAAAGCAUUGAGCAUGUUCUCCAAGAUGAAUCUUCAAGAAAUACCACCUUUGGUCUAUCAGCUUCUGGUUCUCUCCUCCAAGGGAAGCAGAAAGAGUGUUUUGGAAGGAAUCAUAGCCUUCUUCAGUGCACUAGAUAAGCAGCACAAUGAGGAACAGAGUGGUGAUGAGCUACUGGAUGUUAUUACUGUGCCAUCAGGUGAACUUCGUCAUGUGGAAGGCACCAUUAUUCUACACAUUGUGUUUGCCAUCAAAUUGGACUAUGAACUAGGCAGAGAACUCGUGAAACACUUAAAGGUAGGACAGCAAGGAGAUUCCAGUAAUAACUUAAGUCCCUUCAGCAUUGCUCUUCUUCUCUCUGUAACAAGAAUACAAAGAUUUCAGGACCAGGUGCUUGAUCUUUUAAAGACUUCGGUUGUAAAGAGCUUUAAGGAUCUUCAACUCCUCCAAGGCUCAAAAUUUCUUCAGAAUCUAGUUCCUCAUAGAUCUUAUGUUUCAACCAUGAUCUUGGAAGUAGUAAAGAAUAGUGUUCAUAGUUGGGACCAUGUUACUCAGGGCCUCGUAGAACUUGGUUUCAUUUUGAUGGAUUCAUAUGGGCCAAAGAAGGUUCUUGAUGGAAAAACUAUUGAAACCAGCCCAAGUCUUUCUAGAAUGCCAAACCAGCAUGCAUGUAAGCUCGGAGCUAAUAUCCUGUUGGAAACUUUUAAGAUCCAUGAGAUGAUCAGACAAGAAAUUUUGGAGCAGGUCCUCAACAGGGUUGUUACCAGAGCAUCUUCUCCCAUCAGUCAUUUCUUAGACCUGCUUUCAAAUAUCGUCAUGUAUGCACCCUUAGUUCUUCAAAGUUGUUCUUCUAAAGUCACAGAAGCUUUUGACUAUUUGUCCUUUCUGCCCCUUCAGACUGUACAAAGGCUGCUUAAGGCAGUGCAGCCCCUUCUCAAAGUCAGCAUGUCAAUGAGAGACUCCUUGAUACUUGUCCUUCGGAAAGCUAUGUUUGCCAACCAGCUUGAUGCCCGAAAAUCUGCAGUUGCUGGGUUUUUGCUGCUCCUGAAGAACUUUAAAGUUUUAGGCAGCCUGUCAUCCUCUCAGUGCAGUCAGUCUCUUAGUGUCAGUCAGGUUCAUGUGGAUGUUCACAGCCAUUACAAUUCUGUCGCCAAUGAAACUUUUUGCCUUGAGAUCAUGGAUAGUUUGAGGAGAUGCUUAAGCCAGCAAGCUGAUGUUCGACUCAUGCUUUAUGAGGGGUUUUAUGAUGUUCUUCGAAGGAACUCUCAGCUGGCUAAUUCAGUCAUGCAAACUCUGCUCUCACAGUUAAAACAGUUCUAUGAGCCAAAACCUGAUCUGCUACCUCCUCUGAAAUUAGAAGCUUGUAUUCUGACCCAAGGAGAUAAGAUCUCUCUACAAGAACCACUGGAUUAUCUGCUGUGUUGUAUUCAGCAUUGUUUGGCCUGGUAUAAGAAUACAGUCAUACCCUUACAGCAGGGAGAGGAGGAAGAGGAGGAGGAAGAGGCAUUCUAUGAAGACCUAGAUGAUAUAUUGGAGUCCAUUACUAAUAGAAUGAUUAAGAGUGAGCUGGAAGACUUUGAACUGGAUAAAUCAGCAGAUUUUUCUCAGAGCACCAGUAUUGGCAUAAAAAAUAAUAUCUGUGCUUUUCUUGUGAUGGGAGUUUGUGAGGUUUUAAUAGAAUACAAUUUCUCCAUAAGUAGUUUCAGUAAGAAUAGGUUUGAGGACAUUCUGAGCUUAUUCAUGUGUUACAAAAAACUCUCUGACAUCCUUAAUGAAAAAGCUGGUAAAGGCAAAACUAAAAUGGCCAACAGGACAAAUGAUAGUCUUUUGUCCAUGAAAUUUGUGUCCAGUCUUCUCACUGCUCUUUUCAGGGAUAGUAUCCAAAGCCAUCAAGAAAGCCUUUCUGUUCUCAGGUCCAGCAAUGAGUUUAUGCGCUAUGCAGUGAAUGUAGCUCUGCAGAAAGUACAGCAGUUAAAGGAAACAGGGCAUGUGAGUGGCCCUGAUGGCCAAAACCCAGACAAGAUCUUUCAGAACCUCUGUGACAUAACUCGAGUCUUGCUAUGGAGAUACACUUCAAUUCCUACUUCAGUGGAAGAGUCGGGAAAGAAAGAGAAAGGAAAGAGCAUCUCACUGCUGUGCUUGGAGGGUUUACAGAAAAUAUUCAGUGCUGUGCAACAGUUCUAUCAGCCCAAGAUUCAGCAGUUUCUCAGAGCUCUGGAUGUCACAGAUAAGGAAGGAGAAGAGAGAGAAGAUGCAGACAUCAGUGUCACUCAGAGAACAGCAUUCCAGAUCCGGCAAUUUCAGAGGUCCUUGUUGAAUUUACUUAGCAGCCAAGAGGAAGAUUUUAAUAGCAAAGAAGCCCUCCUGCUAGUCACUGUUCUUACCAGUUUGUCCAAGCUACUGGAGCCCUCCUCUCCUCAGUUUGUGCAGAUGUUAUCCUGGACAUCAAAGAUUUGCAAGGAAAACAGCCGGGAGGAUGCCUUGUUUUGCAAGAGCUUGAUGAACUUGCUCUUCAGCCUGCAUGUUUCGUAUAAGAGUCCUGUCAUUCUGCUGCGUGACUUGUCCCAGGAUAUCCACGGGCAUCUGGGAGAUAUAGACCAGGAUGUAGAGGUGGAGAAAACAAACCACUUUGCAAUGGUGAAUUUGAGAACGGCUGCCCCUACUGUCUGUUUACUUGUUCUGAGUCAGGCCGAGAAGGUUCUAGAAGAAGUGGACUGGCUAAUCACCAAGCUUAAGGGACAAGUGAGCCAAGAAACCUUAUCAAAAGAGGCCUCUUCUCAGGCAACCAUACCAAAUCAGCCUGUUGAGAAAGCCAUCAUCAUGCAACUGGGAACUCUGCUUACAUUUUUCCACGAGCUGGUGCAGACAGCUCUGCCAUCAGGCAGCUGUGUGGACACCUUGUUAAAGGACUUGUGCAAAAUGUACACCACACUUACAGCACUUGUCAGAUAUUAUCUCCAGGUGUGUCAGAGCUCUGGAGGAAUUCCAAAAAAUAUGGAAAAGCUGGUGAAGCUGUCUGGUUCUCAUCUGACCCCCCUGUGUUACUCUUUCAUUUCUUAUGUACAGGGCCAAAAACAGAUUCCUGCAUACCAGCCCCCCUGGAAUGUCUACAGUUCCUUAUUUUCCAGAACGUGGCAUGUGGAACAAGCCUCCUGUGUCUCUCAUGGCUCCAGCUGCAGAGCCUCUCUGUAUUUUCAGAAUAAGAGUAAGAGCCUGAACUAUACGGGAGAGAAAAAGGAGAAACCUGCUGCCGUUGCCACAGCCAUGGCCAGAGUUCUUCGGGAAACCAAGCCAAUCCCUAAUCUCAUCUUUGCCAUUGAACAGUAUGAAAAAUUUCUCAUUCACCUUUCUAAGAAGUCCAAGGUGAACCUGAUGCAGCAUAUGAAGCUCAGCACCUCACGAGACUUCAAGAUCAAAGGAAACAUCCUAGACAUGGUUCUUCGAGAGGAUGGCGAAGAUGAAAAUGAAGAGGGUACUGCAUCAGACCAUGGGGGACAGAACAAAGAACCAGCCAAGAAGAAAAGGAAAAAAUAAAUGAAAUGCCUGAGUUAAUGUGAACUUUGGGGCUUCUGCUUCAUUUUUACCCAACAAGCAACGAUGGCCCUUGUCCUAUAGUCCACACCGAUGUUGGCACCUUGGUUCUCAACCCACUGAAUUCAACUGCACCUUCAGUUAGAAGGAAUCUUCUUGGCAGGUCCUGCUACUGAAAAAUGGCUGGCCUUAGGCAAGCCCUUUUGCAAAAAGCACAGCUGAAAGCCUGAGUUUGGGAGCCUGCACCACCCCGAUGAAGCUCCACGGGAGCAAAUACAGAGCCUCCAGGCAGUGCUAUGGUCCAGGCUGGCUUCGUUUUUCCAAGGAGCCUUUGGUGAGUUCAAUUAUCUGGUAAAUAUCCAGCGCUUCACCUGAAAGAUAGUGCAAAUUGGUUAGGAUGCCACCUCAAGAACUGUUACUGAGAGCUCAGAAGUGAGCAAAGGAGCUUAAUGCUAAGGUCAAAAGGAGAGUGAAAGGUUGAGAACAAUUGCCACUAACGGUAAUAUUACAUGUUAGGAGGGUCUGUUUUCUUUUUAUAUAAAGUAAGUAUGUCUUAGAUACACCUUAAAUAGGAAAUAAGCUUUCUGAUUUACUUGUUUGGUAUUUAAAGCACAGUUUGUUUUUCUGUCACCUAUAGAGUGCAAAAAUGCACUCUAUAGAAUAAAUCCUGUUUAAACAUU